CUUUAAAUACUCAUCAACCAACGACAGCAUCUCAGGAGCCUACCUUUCCUCUUGAACAAAUCUAACUGCAAUAAGCCACCUCUCCAGUGUAUUCAGGUCUCAACAGUAGAUCUCUCACGAUGUCAACCCCGCUCAAGAUCAAAGUUCCCCAUGGAACAACCUCAAUGUACCUCACAGCACUCUCACUGUACGAGGAACGCUGUCAAAUUGCAGUCAAUUGGACUGAUGGAAGCGCUACGUUUGGAGCGACGUUUGUUGGCCCGAAUCCCCAAUAUGUUCUCGCCGACAAAGUAUUCGGAUUGCCAAUCAUCUCGCUCAAUGAUUCGAUUCCAGAGGAGAUCUCAGUAUGCUUCAAGUUCCACGAUACAACACCUAUAGUCUCGAGCCCAGCAACAACAAAUGUUGGCCCUCAAGGAAAUGGAACUCAGAUUCAGAUCACUGGAUUUGCAGCAUACGACAAGAAGCAAGCAAAGCCAACGACCAUCACCAUUCUCUUUCAGAGCAGUUUACAUGGCCUCAAGAAGUAAAAGCCAGUUCUUUUUUAAAGACGAGAUUCUGAUGAGCUGUAUUACUGAACGACUUAACCGGUUCAUCACACCUUCGCCCAUGAGGUCCUGGGGUCUUGAUAGCCACGCCUUUCUUGCUCAAGGGUCUGUAGACGAGACCCUGGAAGGCUCAAAUAGCCAAGCAUAUUCUAUGGCAUUCAACGCAUCCAAAUGUACUCACAUUCCAGUCAUUUGAGUUACUCUGGGGAUGAAUCCACGAGAUCGUUGAGCUGCAAGUACACAUCUCCUCAGUUGGAAACAUCAAUUUACAUGUUGAACCUCUUCAGUUUGCUUGAAUAUGUGACUUUUGCGCCAUCCGCCGAGACACUUACCUGCGG